AUUAUGAAUGACCUUAACCGCUCUUUUGGAGUAAGUGAUAAGAGUUAUUUGUUGUGAAAAGUUAAGUUGAUUUGAUUUGGAGAUCUUUCUGUGUUUAUUUCAUCUUCAUCUGCUUCUUUUCGCAGCUAAUCGCAAACUUACCGCACUCCCUCAGCCCAAAAGGUUAUUGAUUCUUCAUUAUCUACAAAUAAAAGGGAAGGAGUGUCUAGAUAUCAUAUAGUAUCACUCAUACUAGAAACCAAGAUGGCGUCAGGACAUAAUGUAAUAUCCCUUUGACCAAUUCCCUAAUUUCCUCACACGCAGAUUCUAAUAUCACAUAGGAUCCCAAGCUCCUCUAUGCCAUCAAUGGUAUCAAUGCAUAUCAUAUCGAAAAUGGCAAAGAAGAUUCCCUCACACCUAAUGGACCUCAAACCCUCUCCCUCCUAAUGGUUCCCACCUCAUCCCCCUUCUCAGGUCUCUCAGUCGCAGAUCCACAAUCCCAAACCCCAGAAGAAGACUUCUACCUGCAUCUGCAUCUUCCUCCUGAGCUUGAUCUACCCCUUCCAGCCACAACCCAAAUAUACCAUCAACCACCCAGCAGCUACCUCAUCCCACGAUGGGAUCUAGGACCCGAAAGUGGUGUCUUUACCAGAAUCGAGUUCCCAAUUGUGGGAGCCUCGAAAAUUAGUCAGGAUGAUAUCGAUACUUUUGAAACGAUUUUGGCACAAUGUACGGCUUUUCUUGAGCGCGCUCCACCUCCACAAUCAUCUCGUCCGAGAAAGGAAAAACUUAAAUCUGCAAAAGCGGAGCCUAUACCUGCAUACAAUCCAUCCGAUUUUGCUCCAGGAGAAGCUUAUGUUCCUGGAAGUUCUAGUUCUCACGUAGGUGGACAAAUCGUUUUGAUUGAUGAAGAAAAUGGUAGUGUGGUUGGUGAACUGGGUGAAGGUUUUCAUGUAGUUGAGGAUGCUAGAAUGAAACCGGGAUCGAAAGGUAUGUAUUUCAUCUUUCAUCUCCUAGCCUCUCCUUCCACAUUUCUAACAAAGACCCCCUUAGAUCCUGUUGAGAUUACCCUCCCCCAAGAUGGUUCCCAAAACAUAGGCGUAGCUCCAGCCUCUCCAGCCUAUCUCGAAAUGGCUAUGCAUCCCGCCUAUAAAUCCUCUACCCUCGUUUCCAAAGCCGCCAUGGCUUCCCGUCUCAUUGUAACAACCUCAAGUUACGUCUCUAAAACCCUCACAUCCCAAGCCGAAAGCUACACUUCCAAAUCUGCUCCCACCACUAAGCCCAUGACCUUUACUCCUACCACUCAUGCACACAUUCGCAGAGUCCACACAUUUACCGAAGGCGCCGCAGGACUUUCCGCAAAAACCGUAGGUCAAGUAACGAAAUACGCACAAAACAUAGGAGCCUCCCUGGCCAAACGCAACGCAGCACAAAGAUCCUCCAAAAGAAUCGGUCCAGACGGCAAACCAAUCGAUGAUUAUAAACCCGGCCUCCUCAAUAAAUCCAUGAUGGCUUUCUCUACCAUAGCCGAUGGCAUCGACCAAGCAGGACGUAAUCUCCUCACUUCCACAUCCACUGCCGCAACUACAGUCGUCGAACACAAAUAUGGUCCUGAAGCAGGUGAUAUAUCUCGAAAUAUCGGCGCGGGUUUCAAAAAUGUUGGAUUAGUUUAUAUUGAUGCGGCGGGUGUGAGUAGGAGAGCUAUUGUAAAGAGUGUGGCGAAGGGAAUGGUGGUUGGGAAGGUUAGAGGAGGUGGGGAUUUAAUUGUGGGGGGUGGUGAUGGUGGUGCGGAUAUUAUGAGGGGAAGUCCGCCUGCUGGAAGUGGAAGUGGAAGUACGUUGGGUGAUGGAGGAGUGGAAUGGAAUGGAAUGGAAUGGAAUGGAAUGGAGGGGAAGGGAUGGAGGGAGGGGAAUGGGGAAAUGGUAAUGGAAAUGGAAUGGAAAUGAAAUGGAAAUGGAAGAAUAUGAAUAAUAGGAUUUGGAGAAAAGGAGAAAGGAAUAGGGAGAGUUUGAGUGGUCAGAAUGUAGGAUGGAGGAAAGGACUACAGUAGCUAAUUAGCUCGCUUGGAUGGUUGGUUCUACGCUUUUGAAUAGGGAUAAAUGGAGGGUAUACGAUAUAGGAAAUAGGCUAAAUAGUAAAGCGAGGAAGAAAGAUCAUAGCAUCUGAAUAUGAAUAGCAUAUGGAAACGAAUAUACAUAAUUAAAUCUACCUAGUACAGAUAUAAUAAGCAUAGAGAGA